AGUCCCUUACUAAAUACACAUUCACUCUAAUCUUAAGCGUCUUUCUUCUCAACAAAUUACCAUUGUGAUUACUGACAACUCGACGCUUUUGUUUUUCCCCCCUUGCCCGAUACUCGAAGCAGCCUUCCGGGACGCAGCUGCAGUCGUAUCAGCCUGUGUCAGGGCUUUCCACUUUGUGCUGCAUUCUGAUGUCGCCCAGGCGGGUAAAAGCUGCUGCCAGCACCGACCACGACCUCAUUUACUAUUAUUAAUGCUCAAGAAGCAACAUGACAUCCACACAGCAGUGGCUACUGGCCGGUUUGGCGCUUCUGUGUAUUUAUGGAGCGGCUGAAUCUAAGAGGAAUUUCAAAUGCCCUUCAGGAUGCACCUGCACCAAGGAGACCAUCAUCUGCGUCGGUACCUCACAGAUUCCCCGGACUAUACCGAGUGAGAUCAACUCACUGAGCAUGGUAAAUGGAUCUAUUUCUGAAAUCACAGAGGGCAUGUUUUCACUGAUGCCCUCUCUACAGCUGCUACUUCUAAAUGCAAAUUCUUUGACAACAAUCAAAGAUGAUGCUUUCUCCGGCCUCCCACAUCUAGAAUAUUUAUUCAUUGAAGGGAACAAGAUUGAAACGAUCACCAAAAAUGCCUUCCGUGGUCUGCGAGAUUUGACUCAUCUAUCGCUUGCCAAUAACAAGAUGAGGUUUCUGCCAAGAGAUCUCUUUUUCGACUUGGAUUCAUUGCUGGAACUGGAUCUCCGAGGCAACUCUUUCCAGUGCAUCUGUGAGAACAAGUGGCUGAUGAUGUGGCUGAAAAACACAAACGCCACAGUAUCAGAUGUCUUCUGCGCAGGCCCCAGUGACAUGAAGGGCAAGCGGCUCAACGACCUUCCUAUUCCACCGGGCGAGUGCAUCUCCACAGAUUUUGUGCGUCAUCAGUCCAUUCCCAUUCAGUCCAUGUCAGCGGACAUUUUCUUUUUCAAAGAGGACAUCUACGUGGCGAUGGCUGCCCCCAACUCCAACAGCUGUGUGAUCAUGGAGUGGGAUCACAUUGAAAUGAACUUCAGGAAAUUUGACAAUAUAACAGGGAAGUCUGUUGUUGGGUGCAGGUCAGUUCUGAUCGACAGCCAUGUCUUGAUAAUUGUUACCCAGCUCUUUGGAGGCUCCCAUAUUUACAAGUUUGACGAUCGACAAAACAAGUUUACAAAGUUUCAAACUAUUGAGGUCUUCAACAUCUCGAAGCCAAAUGAUAUCAAAGUCUUCCGAAUGGAUGGAGAGUGGUACUUUGUAAUUGUGGACAGCUCCAAGGCGGGUUUGUCGACACUGUACAAGUGGACCGACCAACCGGACCGCAAUGAAACAGGUUUCUUCUCCUACCAGUUUCUCCAUGAGUGGUUUCGUGAUACAGAUGCUGAGUAUGUCGAGUCUGAAGGGAAGUCUUACCUCAUCUUGACCAGUCGGUCUCAGCCGCCUGUCAUCUACCUGUGGAACAAGAGCACCCUGAAGUUCAUAUUUCACAGUGAAAUCCCAAAUGUCGACGACGUGGUGGCAGUCAAGGCUUUCCGGGUGGAGAAUGAGUUGUAUCUGGCCAUGACUUGCUACAUCGGUGACUCUAAAGUUCUCAAGUGGGCCAAUAAGCAGUUCACUGAGGUGCAGGCUCUGCCUUCUCGAGGAGCGAUGAUCCUCCAGCCUUUCACCUUCACAGACAGGCAUUACCUUGCUCUUGGCAGCGAUUAUUCUUUCACACAGAUCUACCUCUGGGAUACCGAGACCAAAACAUUCCACAAGUUCAAGGACAUUUAUGUGCAGUCACCCCGGACCUUUACUGUAAUGACCACUGACCGCAGGAAUUUCAUCUUCUCCUCCAGCUUCAAGGGCAAAUCGAUGGUUUUUGAGAAUAUCAUUGUAGAUUUAAGCUUAUAAUGCCUCACAAAACUAUGACUAAUCACAGUAGGAGUUGGUCACUUAGAUCAGUAUUUGUGUUUAUGCUACAAAAGAGACUCAAAUUCUGCAUAUCGUCCUUAUGCAACUAGAUAUAUCUUUCUUGAUUUGAGACAAACAUCUUAGGCAAGUUUCUGCAGCUCAUAUGCAUUUACAGCAAAUAUGGAGGUUUGAUUGGUCCCAAGUCGUUACUGUCAAACUGAAGGCUGACAGAAAUAUUUUAAAAAUGGUUAACAUUGAAAUGAAAACAGCAUGAAGAUAAUUUUAUGGCAUACUAGAUAUUAUUGUAAGAGGUGAUGGCUUUUAUUGUGAUUCUGUAAAACAAGCAAGGACCAAGCCAAGGGGGGGUCCAUCUCGGCCAUUGCUACCAUAUAGCCUGGCCAAUCCAUGAGAUGGGAUCCACCGCUGCAAGCAAAAUGUUAGGGGUGGGCGAUACCACAAAAUUUAGUUUCAAUCUGAAAACAAGUAAUACAGGGACAGAAUAGCUGAUAUUGAUACUAGCGCCAAUACUUUUUACUGUUAAAAUCGGCUUAUGUACUUUAAUGUAAGAGAGGACAGUGUGUCAUGAUUUAUGAGGUGAAUAAUCAGUCUGUGAAAGUAACAACUAAAGACGACCAGUUACAGUUUGAAAAUGUAACAUUAACUAAAGAUCCAAUUUGACUAAAAUGUUAAUUUGACGACAGCAUACCUGGAGAUACUAUAUUUCCUGAGCAUCUCUGAAAACACUCUUUCAAUGAACUCUGUCUUUGUGCCGGGUGUCUGGAUGCUGAGGCAUUUCCCUCCUACCUUCUUUUCUGUUGCAGCUCCAAGUUCUCUUUCUUGUGGUUUUUAUGCCUCCAUGGCAGUGAUAGCUGUGGCCGGAGACAUUAUGUUUUCAGGCUGUCAGUCCAUCCGACCGUUUGUCUGUCCCACUCGCGUGAAGAUAUCUAAAGAACACCCAAAUGUCCCUUUGAAAUCAAGGAUUAAUUGAUUGGAUUUUGGUGGUCAAAGGUUAAAUUCACUGUGACCUUGCGUUCAUCUUGUUCUCAUGAACGCAA